AGACAAGAGAGUGUAAAAGUCUUAAAAGGAGAAGGCGGCGUCCCCUUUGACACCCCAAAAGCCCCCCGCACAUAUUCUUGCCUUCUCAAUCACCUAAACACCAUCCAACUUCAACUUCCCCACACUCAUCUCUCUCCAUCCGCCGCACGCAUCUCUCCCUCUCUCUCUCUCUCUCUCUCUCUCUCUCUCUCUCUCUCUCUCUCUCUCUCUCUCUCUCUCUCUCUCCCUCCCUCCCUCUCCAUAUAUAAGACAGACAACUGCAAACUCAACCUCAAUCUCUCUCUAUCUCUGCAUAUAAACUUGUAUAAGACAUACUACUGCAAACUCAAUCCCCAUCAAUCUCUCCCACCUCUCCAACCGAAAUGGCACUCAUAAAGCCUCCAUCUUUACCAAUCCCACAACUCCAUUUCUCAAAACCCUCUUCUCCACCCACCAAUUCAUCUUCUUGCUCACAUUUCAUCACCUCGUCUUCACAUUCCCACUCACCCUUCACUGAAAAACACUCAAUCAACAGAUACAAAAGGGACAGUUGGGUAUUCAAGAACCAGCUGGACCCACUUUCCUCUUGCCCUGUCCCACCUGAUUCAUCCUCAAUUAGAGACUAUGACAUUGCCCUUCAGCUCCCUGAGCUCAAGAAGAUGUUGGAGGUGUUGAGAGAGAAGAGAGAGAGUGGUGGGGGUGGAGAGAGAGGGGAUAGGAAGGUUGGGGAUGUUUAUUUGGUGGGGACUGGCCCUGGUGAUCCUGAAUUGUUGACUUUAAAAGCUAUGAGAGUGAUACAAAGUGCUGAUCUUUUGUUGUAUGAUAGGCUGGUUUCCAAUGAUGUUCUUGAUUUGGUGGGCCAGAAUGCUAGGCUUCUUUAUGUUGGCAAGACUGCUGGUUAUCAUAGUCGAACACAGGAGGAGAUACACGAAUUGUUAUUAUGUUUUGCUGAAGCUGGGGCGACGGUAGUGAGACUUAAGGGGGGCGACCCACUGGUGUUUGGAAGGGGUGGAGAGGAAAUGGACUUUUUGCAACAGCAAGGCAUUCAAGUAAAAGUUAUUCCAGGAAUAACUGCUGCCUCUGGAAUAGCAGCAGAGCUUGGAAUUCCAUUGACUCAUAGGGGUGUGGCAAACAGUGUUAGAUUUCUGACAGGACAUUCCCAGAAAGGAGGUACUGACCCUCUGUUUGUAGCAGAAAAUGCAGCCGACCCUGAUUCAACCUUGGUUGUUUAUAUGGGCUUGUCAACUCUUCCUUCACUUGUGAUGAAGUUGAUGCAUCAUGGUCUUCCACAUGACACGCCAGCUGCUGCAGUUGAACGUGGGACAACACCUCAACAGCGCAUAGUGUUUGCAGAAAUUAAAGAUCUUGCUGACAGUAUUGCAUCAGCACAGUUGAUAUCUCCCACACUCAUCAUAAUCGGGAAGGUGGUCGCGCUUUCACCACUGUGGCCAAUUUCCUCAAAAGAUGCAUCUACUUUGGUGGAAGCCAGACAGAUAUAAAGCAAGGGAACAGACUGGCAAGCUGUUGGGUGCUAUCAAUGUUACUUAGUGUCGUUCUAGUUUGCAAUGCAUUCUGGUUCCUCUUCCACGAAAGACAGUGCAGUGAGUUGCAAAACAAGAUUUUGCUGCCUCCUGUUGACAAAGUCACUGCAAUUGGUUUGCGGAAGGUAACAGUGUCUGUUACGAUGGUCGAAGUAGCCAUGAUAACUAAGGACCACUUGAAUUGGUACAGAGACUCUUUACGAAGCAAAACUGGUUCAGUACUCGGGCUGAAAGGGGAAGAGGUUUAUCUUCAUCUUUUGGGAAUGUAGUAGGUUCUUAUUCCAUUUUCUCUUUUAGGUUAUUAAGUGUUUACUGCCUUUUAAGUUGGUGUGUAAAUUAUGGCAUGAGCCAUGAGGGGGUAAAAAACAUUUUUUUCCGAGGACAAUAAUAAUUUACUGACUUAUUUAUUGAGGAUUUAUAUAUCAAGGAAUUUUUUUUUAUGAA